AUGAGCGUUGAUUGCACGACUGAUUCAGCUGCCAGAAACUUGUCUACGUCAACUUCAACAGCAGCAACGACAGCGAAACCAACGUUGAUUUCAACUUCAACUUCAACUACAGCUUCAGCUUCGCCGCCAUUGAUCUCCACCGACUGCUCAUCGCACAAGAAAGCAAAAGACCAACUUCAAACUCCACCUGCUUCACCGGCAAUAUCCGACAAGUUAGCAUCAAUUUACCACCAUUUCGAUAUUCAAAUCUACCAAUCGUCAUUGAUGCCGCAACCGUCCAAAAUCAAGCACUCCAAACCGUUUACUUGGGAUGAUGUCGUUUACAUAGUAAGUUCAAACCAAUUGGAGAUAUUUGCUAGAUCGCAAGCUCAAACCGAUGACUACCACGACUUCAAACAGCAGUUGAAGGACCAGAAUAUCAACAUCAAUGACUAUAUACUACGCCAUGAACUCCACUGGCAACAACUGGAUAUUCGAAGCCAGCGACACGUGGUGGCACCGCAACAAUACAGUUUGUCGUACCCCGAUGACUUGAUCUUUUACAAUGAGCAAGAUGUCAAAAUCUUGCCCAACAAAUUCCCAUACUACUUUGAUAAAAAUAUAGUUCAUUUGUGCAUUUGGUCAAAACUCACGAUACCGAAUGACACCACUAGUGCUGUUGGGGACGUCUCGCCAUUGACGAGAAGAAUCAUCAACAAGUACUUGGCCAAAACUUUUGUAGAACAUGGCGUCCAACCUGCUCAAAUUGUAUGGUUUAGAAAUUGGACUAGUUUGCAGAGUGUUCGAAGUAUAAGUCAUAUUCAUGUUAUUCUACACGAUGUUGAUCCCGUGUUUAUCCAGCAAUUGAUUGGCACUGGCGGCACUCCGUUGACUCGAGAGGAUUAUAAAAAAAUAUUAGACCAAUAA